AUGGUUAUCUCCGUGGGGACUGUGAGGAUAUCCCAGAUGUGGAUGCUGAGAUGGGUCGUCCUACUUGUGGGGCUGCAGUCACUGCAAGCAGACUUUAUGAAGGAUUAUGGAGAAAUGGAUGUUACUAUGGAUGUUAUGUGGCCAACAACAACAGCAUUCUCCGUGACAAAAGUACCGGUAACUACAGUUGAACCGAAUCCUAAUCAUCAAUCCAUGGUCUGCAGCACAUGGGGAAAUUUCCACUUCAAGACCUUUGAUGGUCAAUUCUUUCAAGUGGCAGACACGUGCAACUAUGUUCUGACAGUGAUGUGUGACAUCCCCAUUUCUGAUUUUAACAUCCAAAUGCAAAGAGAGACUGUGAAUGGUUCAAUCACUUUCAACACAGUCACAAUAGAGCUGGAGGGGACAAUCAUCAAAAUCACUAAUGGUGACAUCACCAUGGGGAAUGAAAAGGUGUCUGUUCCAAUCAAUAUGCAUGGAAUUCAAAUCGAGGGAAGUUCAACAAGUCUCAAGAUCUCGAACAAACAUGGAGUGACUGUCUUCUGGGAAGAAGACAACUAUCUAACGAUUGAACUUCCUGAGAAGUACCAAGGUCUGACCUGCGGACUCUGUGGAAACUUUAAUGGCAACAAGCAUGACGAUAUCACUGUUAGCGGUCCGGCCAAAUGGAAGGUUUCCACACCUUUGACUGAAACCUGUGAGGAAGUUACACUUCCACCCAGGGAUCAGUGUGACCAGACAAGCGUUUGCCAGCAGUAUCUCAGCAGUCCUGGGUUUGCUGACUGUUACAAUUGGAUGGACAUGCGUUCAUUUGAAAAAGCCUGUGAAGACGACCUGUGUCAGUGUUAUGGAAAUUACGACUGUCUCUGCAACACACUCACAGAGAUUUCACGACAGUGCACUCAUGCUGGAGGAAAACCAGGAACAUGGAGGACAGAACAGCUCUGUCCAAAGACGUGUCCUCUGAACUUGCAAUACAUGGAGUGUGGGAGUCCGUGCAAGAACACCUGCUCAGAUCCGACCGCAAGUCUACUGUGUAAAGAACACUGUGUGGAUGGCUGUUUCUGCCCUAUUGGCACCGUGGAAGACAACAUUGGUCAGAGCGGCUGUGUUAAUGUGAACCAGUGCCCUUGUGAGCAUAAUGGCGCAGUAUAUCAAUCAGGAGAGUCUUACCAACAAACUUGCAAAAAAUGUGUGUGCGCCGCUGGACACUGGACUUGUACAUACCUGGAAUGUCCUGGAAUCUGCUCUGUUGUUGGAGGGUCUCACGUCACCACUUAUGAUGGAAAGACCUUCACCUUCAGUGGCAACUGUGACUACAUCCUCACUAAGCACUCUAAUGACAGUGACAUUGCGGUUGUGGGAAAUCUGGCAAAGUGUGAUCCGGCCCGAAAAGACACAUGUCUAAAUUCAAUCACCCUUGUCAUCUCAGGGACCACGAUUACCUUUUCCUCUGGAGGAUCUGUGAUAGUGAAUAAAAUCAGUCUACACAUGCCUCCUUUCACCACAGGUCCAGUGAGCAUCUUCCAGCCCUCUUCCUCUUUCAUCAUUGCUGAUAUGAAGAGUCUUCGUCUGGAGAUCCAGUUAGCUCCAGUCAUGCAGUUGUAUAUUGUAGCCAGCACUGAAGAGAAAGGAAAGAUGAGUGGUCUGUGUGGAAACUAUAAUGACAUCCAAUCAGAUGACUUUAAAACAACAUCGGGCAUCAUAGAGGGCACACCAACAUCCUUUGUCAACUUUUGGAAACAAAAUUGCCAAGAUCUUGAAAUCACAUUUGACAACCCCUGCAGCUUGAAUAUAGAAACAGAGCAACUUGCAAAAGACUGGUGUUCCCGUCUCACAAACCCAAAUGGCAGCUUUGCUGCAUGUCACUCAGAAAUAUGUCCUGAGAUGUACUACCAAUGGUGUGUCUACGAUACCUGCAAAUGUGCAGAUAUUAAGAAGUGUAUGUGUGCGGCCGUGUCCAACUAUGCCCAUGUCUGUGCUGCCAGAGGAAUCAUUCUCCAUGGCUGGAUGGAUUCUGAACCCUGUGACAUGAUAUCGGAGUGUUCAGGGAACAUGAAGUACUCCUACGGCGUGACCAGCUGUAGCAGCACCUGCCGCUCUCUAAGUGAACAAGACAACACCUGCCAAGGGUCCUUCACUCCUGUAGAUGGUUGCACCUGUUCUGAGGGAACCUAUCUCAAUGAAGACGGAAGCUGUGUAAAUGCUGAUCAGUGUCCUUGUUACUAUGGCAACCAGGUCAUAGCGCCAUCAGCAGUGUUCUACAAAGAUGGUGCUAAAUGCACCUGUGACCUUGGCAAACUGCACUGCUCCAGUCAAGAAGACUGUGUGGCUCCAAUGACAUUCUUCAAAUGCUCAAAUCAUGGAGAAAAAGGAACGGAGUGUCAGAGAACAUGUGAGAAGCAAGACCCAAACAAUUGUGUGAGCAUGGGGUGUACAUCAGGGUGUAUGUGUCCAGAUGACCUUCUGGCUGACGGAAAAGGUGGGUGUGUGAAGAGAGAAAAAUGUCCAUGUUCCCAUAAUGGAGUCUUCUAUUCACCUGGAGAGCAAGUUCAACAGGACUGUAACACCUGCACAUGCACAAAUGGGAUGUGGACUUGUACUGAAAAGGCAUGCUAUGGCACGUGUACCAUCUAUGGUGAAGGUCAUUUCAGGACUUUUGAUGGCAGAAGAUAUUCUUUCCACGGAGACUGUGAACACACCAUCACCCAUGAUUAUUGUGAUACGAACCCCAGUCCUUCAUUCCGUCUGGUUACAGAGAACAUACCCUGUGCAACCACCAGCUCCAUUUGCUCCAAGUCUAUCAAUCUGUUCUUUGGGAAAUACGAGAUGAUUUUAUCUGAGGAGGAAGAUGUGAAAGUUGUUGAAAACAACGGCACGGAGUACAGAUAUCAAAUCAGUUCUGCAGGCAUAUAUGUUGUCAUAGAAGUCGAAGGGCUUUUGAACUUAAUCUGGGAUAAAAAAACAAGUGUGAUGAUCCAACUCCAUCACAAAUUAAAGGGCAAGGUGUGUGGACUGUGUGGAAACUUUGAUGGUAAUGCAAACAAUGACUUUAUGAAGCACAGUGGAGAAGUGGUGACAGAUCCAGAAGAUUUUGGGAAUAGCUGGAAGGUGAAGCCCAGCUGCCCUGAUGUAACAAACGUGAUGCAUCCUUGUGACGCAAAUCCACAUCGACGUGCCUGGGCUAUCAAACAAUGCAGAAUCAUCACAAGCUCUGUCUUUGAAGACUGCCAUUCACUUGUGGAUUCUGGCCCAUACUAUGAAGCCUGUGAAAGGGACACCUGUGCAUGUGACAGUGGGGGUGACUGUGAUUGUCUCUGUACUGCAGUGGCAGCUUACGCUGCUGAAUGCCGUAAAAGAGGAGCUUGUGUGGCAUGGCGAAGACCAAACUUUUGCCCUUUAUUCUGUGACUACUACAAUGCUCAAGGAGACUGUGAGUGGCACUAUAAACCAUGUGGAUCAACCUGCAUGAAAACCUGCAAAAACCCCUCAGGAACCUGCUCUGAUCAAAUCCCCCCACUUGAGGGUUGUUUUCUUCAGUGCCCUUCAGAGAGGCCAUAUUUCAGGGAAGAGACUAUGAAGUGUGUCACUGAGGAAAGAUGUACAGACUGUUUCUAUGAUGGGAAAUUAUUUCCACGAAAUAUUAUCAUUUACGAAACCACAGACGGGGAUGGUACAUGUUUCACUGCUAUGUGUGAUUCAUAUGGGAAAAUAAUAAGAAUUAUUAAUGAAUCAUGUAUAUAUACAACAACAACAACACCUUUCACUUUCUCAACUACACCUGAAACGACAACACCUACGUCAACAGAAACAACAACACCUACAACUGUUACAAUAACACCUACAUCAACAGAAACAGCAACACCUACAACUGUUACGAUAAAACCUACAUCAACAGAAACACCAUCUACAACUAUUGGCACAACAACAACUUCAACAACAGAGACAUCCACAAUCACAUCCAUGACUACACCCAUUACAACAACUACUGGGACAUCAACAUCUAUGCCAACAGAAACUACACCAACUACAACUGUUACAAUAACACCUACAUCCACAAAUACAUUUACAACCACUACUGUCACACCAACUACUGUAACAAUGACACCUACAUCAACAGAAAUGUCAUCUUCAACUAGAACAAAUACUAGCACAACACCCAUGUCAACAAGGGCAUCUACAAGGACCUUGCCUACUACAACAAAGUUCACUGUUGAAUCAGAGACAACUCCCAACAUCACCUUAAAUCCACCUUCACCACAGUGUGGAUGUAAAUAUUUAAAUAUAACAUACCCAUCAAGUAAGUGCAGCUUUAUCAAUUCUCUCUCAGACAAAAUGUUUCAACUUUACAGUUUUUUAAAUCAUUUAUGUGUACAUUAUUUUGACCCUACAUUACAUUCAAGUUUUUUUUUUUUUGUUCUCUCUUAUUGUUUACCUCCUUUGCACAUCCUUUUUUUAUAUAAUUACAGAUUCAACAAUCUACAAUCAAACAGAUCAAGCAGGCUGGUGCUAUACUGCCUACUGCAACUCCACCUGUGAUAUAGUGAAACAGUCUAAGCUAUGCUCACUACC